AUGCUCAAAAUUCUUUUCAACCAUAUUGAGGCUAAUAAGCACCUUGAUAACCUGUUAAGCGGUAUCCAUAAAAUUGGCAUUAAAACUACUGAAGAUGGUGACACGGACGAUUUCAACGAGACGGCUUCUCGGCAUUCUAAUGUAUCUGUAAGAUCGACGAGCAGGUCUACAGUCUCCUAUGACAGCGGCUUUAAAAGCGAAAGUGAAGAUAUAAGUGAAAGCGUUCAAAAGGUUUAUCAUCCAAAAGGCGACAUCGACUUUCAUAAAGCUUCUACCGAGUUGCUAAGAACGUUUCGAGAUUUCGGGAAUGUUGACGAGGGCGAAUCUUUAGAAAAGACUCUUGUAGCUAUGGAAGCCGAACUUCUUAAGAUCUCACUCUCCACAGAUUAG